GGCGGCCAAAAGCAUCCCAGAUAAAAUUCCAAAAAGAAAACUGGGUGAUGGUUUUAUUACACUGCACGGGACAGGCAGCAUCAAAUAAGCUAAAAUAUGGGCGUCCACGGCCUGUGGGACCUCUUGGCCCCCGUUGGUCGCCGCGUUUCCGUGGAAACCCUUGCCGGGAAGCGACUCGCAAUCGACGCGAGUAUAUGGAUGAUUCAGUUCAUGAAAGCGAUGAGAGACGAGAAAGGAGAGAUGGUAAGGAACGCUCAUUUGUUGGGGUUUUUCCGACGAAUUUGCAAGCUUCUCUACCUCCGAACCAAGCCGGUCUUCAUCUUCGAUGGCGGCACGCCCGCUCUUAAACGCCGUACUGUGAUCGCCCGCCGCCGCCAGCGCGAGAAUGCUCAAGCCAAGAUUCGAAAAACCGCCGAGAAGCUUCUUCUCAAUCAGCUCAAGCAAAUAAGAUUGAAAGAACUGGCUGCUGAACUUGAGAAACAGAGAAGGACUAAUGAUGCUAAAGGUAAAAAGGUCGCGACAGAUGAAGCACAGAUGGCGCAGGAGACAUCAGGACAAAGCUUACUGUUUACAGAUGGUUACAAUCAGGAAGCAUUGGAUGAAAUGUUGGCAGCAUCACUUGCAGCGGAGGAAGAUGAAGGUUUCGCUGCUGCUGAGUCAUCAUCUGGUGUGGGGAUUCAAACUGAAGAAGAAGAAGGUGCUGAUGAGGAUGAAGAGAUGAUCCUUCCAACCAUGCAUGGAAAAAUUGAUCCUGCUAUCUUAGCUGCCUUACCUCCAUCCAUGCAACUUGAUCUUCUCGUUCAGAUGAGAGAGAGAUUGAUGGCUGAGAAUAGACAAAAGUAUCAACGGGUUAAGAAGGCCCCUUCUAGAUUUUCGGAAUUACAGAUACAAGCUUAUCUUAAAACAGUUGCUUCGCGUGAGAUAGAUGAAGUGCAGAAAUCUGCUGCAGGAAGGGGUGGUGGGGUACAGACUUCAAGAAUUGCUUCUGAAGCAAAUCGAGAAUUUAUUUUUUCAACAAAUUUCAGUGGGACAAACAGUAAGGUCCUUACAUCUACCGGAGAAGGGAGCAAGAAAAGUGAACAAAGUCAAACAGCACCAGCGAACCCUUCCAUAAGUGCUGUCAAUGAUGUUGCAUCAAAAACAAAACACACUGCUGUGGCUGGAUCUACUGUUGAUGAACCUCAAAGGAAUUUUGAGAAUGAUGUCGAGACAUAUCUGGAUGAAAGGGGUCGGGUUCGAGUGAGUAGACUUAGAGCUAUGGGUAUUCGUAUGACUCGAGAUUUGCAAAGAAAUUUGGAUUUGAUGAAAGAGAUUGAUGGAGAGAGUGUGUGCAUGACUAAAAGUGCAAUAGAAGAAUCUACCAAUUGUAGCAGUGUAGUUGAUAUACCACACAAUUCUUCUAAGGGGAUCCCAAAUUUAGCAACCUGUUAUCAGGAUUCAAAUGGAAUGACUUGUGUUGAUGAGAACAAUGAAGAAAGUAUAUUGAAUGCUGGAACUUCCAUGGAGAUAUCUUUUGAUGAUAAUGGUCAGCAUGAACUGGGUGGUGAGGAUGAUCUAUUUGCUCAUUUAGUUGCAGGAGAUCCAGUAAUGGAAUUUUCUAUUAAUGAUUCUCUCUCAAAGAAACAAUCUUUGGAUUCUGCUUCAGAACCUGAGUGGGAGGAUGGAGAUAUUGAAGUUGAAGCUGGUACUUCAAACAAUAAACUGAAAGUAAGCACUCUGCCAGAUGGUAUGCGUGAUGAGAAUGAUUUGGAAUGUGAGGAUGGUUCUCUUGGUAUCCGAGAAGAGGCCUCCUUUUCUGGUGAAUACUUGGACAUUGUUUCUAAAGGUGCUUUGGAAGAAGAAGCUGAUCUAAAGGAAGCAAUAAGGAGGAGUCUUCAGGACCUGGGUGAUCAAAGGCUUGUUGAUACACCUGAUGAGGAUGAAAAGUGUGGAGCAACGGCAGCAGUGGUUAGUUUGAGCAAGAAUUCUGGGUUUAUUCAUAAAGAAGUGGAUGGAAAAAUGUCACAACCUCCCUCCACAUUUAAUAAUCAACAGCAUGAGUCCCCUUGUCAUGUUCAAGAGAACACCAGAGUCCUGAUGGUAACAUUGUGGAGACCAAUAGUUCUUUGGACGGCCAAUGGUUUACACAAUGGGUUUGAGGCUGAGGCAGUAGUAGAUGGCCAUUUGAAUAGGACAACUGAAAUAAAAGGAUCCUCUUUGAAAGAUUUAAUGAUUGACACUGCUCAACAAUGCAGAGAGGGAGAAAUUGGAGAGGAAGUGCUACUUUUAGGUGAGGAGCAGAGAGAACUUGGAGAUAAGCAGAAAAAGCUUGAGCGAAAUGCUGAAUCAGUAAGCAGUGAAAUGUUUGCUGAAUGCCAGGAGUUACUUCAAAUGUUUGGCUUACCUUUUAUUAUUGCACCCAUGGAAGCUGAAGCUCAAUGUGCAUUCAUGGAACUUGUAAACCUUGUUGAUGGUGUAGUUAGAGAUUCCGAUGCAUUCUUGUUUGGCGCACGAAAUGUCUACAAGAACAUUUUUGAUGAUCGCAAGUAUGUCGAGACAUAUUUUAUGAAGGACAUAGAGAAUGAGCUUGGCUUAAAUCGGGAAAAGUUAAUUCAUAUGGCACUGCUGCUUGGAAGUGACUACACUGAAGGUGUAAGUGGAAUUGGCAUUGUAAAUGCUAUCGAGGUUGUAAAUGCUUUCCCUGAAGAGGAUGGCCUCCGUAGAUUUCGUGAGUGGAUUGAAUCACCAGAUCCAUCCAUUUUGGGAAAGUUUGAUUUGCAAGCAGGGAGUAGCUCAAAGCAGAUACAGUCACAAGUUGGUGAGACUGAUAUGAAUUGCUCAGAUGCCAAGUUAAGUGGAGUUGCUGCACGUGAUGCAGAUGUUUCUGGGUCUGUUGAUGACACCCAAAAGUUGAAGCAGAUUUUUAUGAAUAAGCAUAGAAAUGUGAGCAAAAACUGGCACGUUCCUUCUUCUUUCCCGAGUGAUGCUGUUAUUUCAGCAUAUUCAUCUCCACAAGUAGAUAAGUCAACCGAGCCUUUCUCGUGGGGGAAGCCAGAUCAUUUUGUUCUCCGCAAAUUGUGUUGGGAGAAAUUUGGAUGGAGCACCCAAAAGGCAGAUGAACUAUUGCUUCCUGUAUUGAAGGAGUACAAUAAACGUGAGACUCAACUGCGGUUGGAAGCAUUUUACACAUUCAAUGAAAGAUUUGCAAAAAUUCGGAGUAAGAGGAUCAAAAAAGCUGUCAGAGGUAUAACAGGGAAGAAAUCCUUGGACUUGAUGGAUGAGUCUGUGCAAGAUGGCCUGAUAAGUAAAAAGAAAAGAAGAAAAACCAAGAUGUUGUGGCGGGGGACAAACUAGAAGAAGCUUCCAGUGGACAAGAAUAUGCAGAUGUUGGGAAUGAGGCCAAGACUACAGAAAAAGUAAAUGAAACGGAGUUGAGAAAUAUAGGAUCCCUGGGACGACCUUUACACCCUGGUGGUGGAGUAGGAACAGAUUACCCAGUGAGGAAAACUUUCAAGGUCGAAGUAGAGGAGUUACUGUUAGGAAAAGAGGUAAAGCUAGAGGUAGAGGUGGAGCAAGUGAUCAUCCUAUUAACAAAGGAGGAAUUAAAUCUCAUUCUUCAGAAUAUUCUUCAUCUAGCCCGGAUGAUGAAAUCUAUAGCGACAGUGCGCAAGAUGUCCAAGUUAAUUUUGGAGAGCAACACCAAGUACGAAGAUCGAGAAGGCCUCGGAAGGAAGUGAACUACUCUGAGUUUAACUUGAAAUCUGAUGAUCCCGAUUGGGUGAUGAAAGCUCCAGGGAGGGUAGUGGAGCAAGGAAAGUGUCGUCUGCAGACUUGCUCGAGGAUCUUACAGCAGCUGUUCCAAGCAAAAUUAAUGAGAGUGAAAAUCUUGAUCAAGAACUGUCCUGGGAAUUUCUCGAAAAGGGUGAUGGAUAUGGUGUUGGCAAAGCUAAAGAAGAUAUGGGGACAGAUCAACUAAACUCCAGUCCUUCCAAUGGUAUCGUUUCCGAUACCGAGUUAUCCAAAGAAUACCUGUCAGUGGGAGGUGGAUUUUGCUUGGACGAAGAUACUACUGAUGGGGACUUGCAGGGAUCAUCUAAGUGCCCGGGGAAAGUGACGACAUUUGAAUCUGAUCCAUCAAAGUGCUCGGGAUUGGGGAAGAUGACAUCAGUAAGAGCCCCACCAGAGCAGUGAACCCUGUUCAGGCGGAGAGACUGGGGAACCUGGAUACUUCGUAUACCACCUCCACCAAGAAUCCAGAUGAGAGUGCAAAUAGGGAUAGGUCGGAGGUAGCAAGCUUUCAGGAAAUUAUCAGCGACGAUGAUUAUGGUAAGGAUUCUUCAAGAUAUUUCCGUGCAAUGCCAAAUUUAAGGAGAAAAAGAAGGAAAACUUGAUGUUGCACCUUGAAGCAUCGAGUGAAAAAAGAAGGAAAGAAGGUAUUUCCUUCGUUUUUAAUGGAAGUCGAAUUUCUAGCGUAUUGUUCUGUGCAAUUUAGAUGAUUUGCGUUUUAUGGGGUACGUGUCCGUUUCAUUA